GAUUCUACCAUCACCACCUUCAAUUAGCUUACAUUCUCUCUUUCUCUUUCCCCCUUUUCACCAUCCAUGGUUCCCUGAAUUCUUAACCCCCAGCCCAAAAUAGCUAUCCUCUUCUGAGUCCACCACCAACGUCUCUUUCUUCCUUCCUUCGUCCUAACAGUGGACCGGUUUCCGCCGCACAAGGAAAGGAAACCGCAAGGAUAUUCAUUAUUCUCCAACCAAAAAGGAAUUCGAUCCAUUGUCAGCUGCUUCAAAUAUGUACGAGCCCUACAAGAAACACUUCCCAUGGUUGAUCCCUACCUUCGUCCUGGUCAACAUCGGCCUCUUCGUCCUCGUUAUGUACAGAAAUGACUGUCCAAGUCGUUCCGAUGAUUGCAUCGCCGGCGAUAUCCUUGGCCGCUAUGCCUUCCAGAGCCUCAAAGUUAAUCCCCUCCUCGGACCCACAGGUGAAACGCUAACGGCUAUGGGGGCUCUUGAUGUGCACCGAGUGGUCCAAAAACAUGAAGUAUGGCGCCUUUUAACUUGUAUGUGGUUACAUGCUGGGGUGUUCCAUGUUUUGGCCAAUAUGUUUAGUUUAAUUUUUGUUGGCAUUCGCCUUGAGCAAGAGUUUGGCUGGUUAAAGAUUGGGGUACUGUACAUUAUAGCUGGAAUUGGUGGGAGCUUGUUGUCAUCUUUGUUUGUCCAUGAUACUAUCUCCGUUGGUGCCUCUGGUGCAUUGUUUGGUUUACUUGGGGGAAUGUUAUCUGAACUCAUUACAAAUUGGACAAUAUAUGCUAACAAGUGUGCAGCAUUGAUGACUCUACUUACCAUCAUCAUAAUUAAUCUAGCCGUUGGAAUCUUGCCUCAUGUGGACAACUUUGCACAUCUCGGAGGAUUCUUCUCAGGUUUUCUCGUCGGAUUCAUUUUCUUGAUCCGCCCACAAUACGCGUAUGUCAAGCAACGUCAUGCAGGCUACCUUGGAGAGACAUCCAAGCCCAAAUACAAAGCAUACCAAUUUGUACUGCUAGUGAUCUCUCUGUUGCUUCUGAUUGCAUGGUAAUUGUCACCUUCCUAA